GCCGCCAGUUGCUUGAUAGAAUUCAGCUCAAUCGGUUUGACUCGGAAGCUACUCGAUUGCGGCCAUAUUGCCAAACGAAAUUCAAACUAGUGAAUUUAACGCGCGUAGCAUAGAGCGGAAGGAAUGGAUAAUUGUGACAAUAGGGUUUCGGAACCACUGUACGCCCAUGAUGCAGAGUUAGCGGAUGGUGGGGCGUUCGCCAAGAAGCGGGAAAAUCCGAAAUGGGUCCGAGUGAUCAUUGUUUGCAUUUAUUUAUUCACGGUAUCGUUUGCGGCUCUACUUUUAUCGUUUUACUACAUCUUCUUUUGGCAACCAAAAAUCGAACAGUUUCAUGACGAUAGCCCAGAAAGACUAACGGCUUGCGAUCAAGGCAACUAGUGGAAAACAAUCAAAUCGACAACCAAACUAUUAUCGCACCGAAUAUGUUUAUCAAACCAAAUGGAUGGCGAGUGGAAACACUUUUCCGGAAGUUUGUCGGUGACCCAUACAACGGCCACAGAUCCUUAGCGGAACAACUGCGAACGGGUGAAGAAGUUGCAUUUUCACGAUUCAUAUGUGCUGAAGUAAAUUAUUGCUUUUGACAGUGAGUAAAAGCAAAGUAAAGUGCAUCGAACUAAAAACAUAUGAUAAACGUGUCAUCGGUCCAUCGGGCGUUCACUUAACGGAGUUUGUCGAUUGCAAUCCGAUGCAAUACACCGGUGAGUUUCAUAUGAGGACACCAUGAGCUACACGGCCGAAGAGAAAAUAAAACUAGCUGGAGAGGACUCGAAGGAUCGUCUAUACGAAGUGAAGCAGAACCAAAAAGCAAUCCGUAUUCUAACUGUCGCAGCUUACGUUCUGUGUGUAUCGCUAGUGGCCAUCAUGCUAUCGCUGUACUAUAUCUUCUUCUGGGACCCCAGUACGAAUCCGAUGCAGCAAAAAACACAAACUAUCGACACCCUUAUCAUUCCGGAACACUUGGCUAUCCGGUUGGCUAACCGCAGCGAGAUUCCUGCCAAUCGAUUUUUCCACAGCUUUUACCAGAGCCUCGUCCAGGAUCGUCUAGUCAAGAUCAGGAAGGAGAUACAAAUUACGGAAUCGGGCAACCUGACGAAGCUUAUUGAGCUCUACCACCAGGAACAAGAUCGGCAUCGCACAGACAGAAUGGUGGCUGCUCGCAGACGGCAACUUAAAGCGGCACUGUCGCAAUCUGAAUCGAUGGGAAGAUUCAAAGGGCAACAGCAGGAGACAUUAGCCGCGAUCGCUGACCAAGAUCAGGGUGCAAUAACGGAUGAAGAUGACGCUGGAGAUGAUUAUGAGCAGAGUGGCAACGAGCUUUAUUCCAACCAUACCACAAUUCAGCUGGAUGGUGACGAGUCGGAACAGUAACGAGCGACAGUUAGCGUUACAAGUAGAACUUAUAUUGGGCUGCACUCGAACACAUGCAGGAAAGUUAAACAGGGAUCGCACGCACGAUUUACAUGACAACAGUGCACAGUAAUUUCUUUGAACGGCAUCCACCAUUGCACAUGCUCGCCUCUUUUACGAAUGUGAGGUAUACGCGCGAAAAGAAAAAAAUGUUUUGUAAAAUGUUUGUAAACUUGUUAUGUUAUAGUCUGAGUGCCCGUUUUUCGUAAGUUCUUUAGCAGUAAUAAAAAUUUAAUUAUAAAACCGAACUUUAACGCUCUCAUAACGUCUAUCGAUUUGAGUCGAUAGAGCCUAAACAAAUUAUAAGAUCUACAGUACCACAAGUAUCGUUCGCAGCCUUUAAAAUCAGCAUAGCUUGCCGAUCCUUAAACACAAAUCUGUUAGCAAACAUUUUGUGACAGCACCAUCAUCGAAAAAUAAAAAUAUUAGUGAAAUAGUGAACUAUGCAAUAGUUGCCAUUGGUAAAAACUCUGGUUUUGUAAUUUUGCGGAGCACCCGAAUACGGAUUGUCGGAGAGCAAUCGAGGGUGAAUUAGUUAAUAAACAUAAAGUUUUAACU